AUGGCUAAAAGACCCUUAGGUUUAGGUAAACAAAACAGAGAAAAGAAGAGAAAGGUGGAAAGCGGUGAAAAGACGGAUGAUGAGCCUUCAAAAGAAUCUACACCAGCAAGAAGCCAAAUGAGCGUCGAACUUGACGACGACGCCGAUCUAGACGACGAAUUGGCCCAACUGAAAGGUCUGUGGUCCAAAUACUUCCACUCCGAUAGAGAUGAUGAGUAUGUUUUGAAUGGUAUCGUCCACGAAUGUGAUAGAUUAUUGCGUCUUUCCGAGGAGAACGAGGAAAUCAAGAAAACUUUGAACGAUGUAUUCCAUGGUAUCUAUGCCUUGGCCCUAUCCGAACUGACUAUUUUCAGAGCAGGGGAUGAAGAAGCAACUCAAGAAAAGAGAAGAGAAGAUGUAUCUUCAUUUUUUGACAGUGCCAUCGAAAGAGUUGAAUUAGGUCUUUCACGUUUUCCAGACUCCCAGUUUUUAAAAUUGAUUUUGGCAAAGAUCAUUUUCCAAAGAAUUCCAUUGGAACAUAUCUCCACCCUCGACUUGAAGUCAAAGAACGGAAAACUCAGCCUUGUUGAACAAUUCGAGCGCGCUAAAGAGCAUUUCUCAGUCUAUGAAAACGAUACAGAACUAACGUACGAGAUUCUACAGAUGAUGAAUGACUUAUUGGACAUCAUCGAAAACUUCGGCCGUGAGCAAUCUAUUCAAGAAGGUAUAGAUAGUGAUAACGAAGAGGAAGAAGAACUGAUCGAGAUUGAAUUGGAACCAGAACAUCCUGUAUACCCACUACAACAAUCAUUGGAAGAAAACUACGAAUGGUUAAGAGAACAUUUCAGCAAGUUGCUCGACACCAUGAAUACCGACAUGGAAGUAUAUCCAUCCGUUGCCAAUACUAUCGGUGAACUAUACUUGAAAAAAGCUGAAGAACCAAGCAAGAUCUUCUUGAGCUUACAGUAUGACGAUGACAGCACUGAAAAGGCCAGCGACAAAGAAGCCAAGGCCGCCCAAAAGACAGCGUUAGCGCACACAAAGAAAGCUUUGCAGUAUCUGGAAAAAGCCAAACUGGAAGAUGAUCCGGACACCUGGGUUCAAGUCGCUGAAGCUUACAUUGAUCUGGGUAACUUACUUGACAACGAAAGUGUUGAACAAGAAAAAGCAUACGAGACCGCCGAAGAAAUCUUAAGUAAGGCCAACAAGGCAUCCCAUGGCAAAUUCCAAGAUGUCCUUGACAACUUCUUGAAGAAUUGA